AUGAAUAUACCCGCAACGAUGCUUGAUAUACUUAAAUCUUGUUUGCCUAGUAUCACCAUUGUUUUCGGACUUGAAGAAGGCGGUGAGAAUAAAACAGAGCUCAAAACGGGUGCACUCUGUUGUGUUGUGGCCUCAAGGCCACUGGUAACAUCAAAAUCACCACCCCACAGAGGAAGGGAUGUUCCUUCAUCGGGUCAGGAUUAUGCCCUGCAAUGGCGGACAAAUCUCAGCUACUCGCCUGCUGGAUAUACUAGAGAUGGAUUGCAACAGGAUAUGAGCGACGAGAGUCACGGCUUUGCAUUCUACUCGAGCAGAAGUAGACAAAGUACAAGUCUGGAAUCCUGUUUUCAGCAAUCACCAAGAUGGGCUUCAAACUCGUCAGCUUCUGGUGGCAAUGAACACAAAACCUGCCGUGUUGAAAGUGUACCGAGAUCGAACAGCUCAAAGCCUCAAUGGUUGAAUGAGGAGAGAGGUUUUGACCAAGCAUGUACAGCUAUCUCGCCGAGUUUUAGGUCUUUGCUGUCUCACCCACCGUCAUCUGCCACAUGGGAGAGUCCAGGCAAGCAGCCUUUAAGACUUACUCCUUGCUCUUACCCUCGACUCUUCUGCAACCCAGUUUCAGACUGUGAGAAUCCUGAACCUGACCAUUCGCAAGAAGACUCAUCCACAAAUCCUGAAUCCAGCUCUAUGAUGCCUACAAGAAACCAUCAGAACUCGCCAGAAGAGGAAGCAUCACCAAACCCGAGUAACAACAGCACAAGUAGCAAUGGCAUGGUGCUAGAUGUGGAAAGGUCCAAUGAAGCAGAAGUAGAAACCCAGAGAUCUCCACCAGGUUCAGUGAUAAACCAGAGAUGCGGGGUUUGCAAAAAGCUCUUAUCUCAGAAAUCGCCUUGGUGCUCUUAUAAGAUAUUGAGAUGUGGAGACAUGCCAGCCGCUGGUGUUUUCCCUUGCCAUCACGUCUUCCAUGUUGAGUGUUUAGACAAAGUGACCCCAACUGCUGAAACCCGAGAACCGCCUUGUCCUGUUUGCUCAAACGCCAUUGGAGCAAUGGAGCAGCCGCUGCUAGUGCCUGAAACAUUGGAACUGGCACUGAGAUCCCUCAGAAGAAGCCGCACAGCUCUGGGAUCAGAAAUACUUAAUAGUUCUUGCAAUGACAAUGAAAGAAGACAGAUUAGGAGACGAAGCCAUAAAUGGGAAACACUAAGCUGCUGCUUGAAUAUAAGCUUCUCAUCUUCUUCCCGGAAUUAA